AUUCGUACGGCAACAAAAAGGGCAGGCGGUACAGUCCACAACCAUGGCGGCUCUCCUGGUAAACGCCUCGGUGUCAAAAAGUUCUCAGAUCAAUAUGUAAUCCCUGGCAACAUAAUUGUUCGACAACGGGGAACCUUGUUCCAUCCUGCUCAACAUGUUAAAAUGGGACGCGACCACACAAUAUACGCGACCGCGCCAGGCGUCGUGCGAUUUUACAAAGAAAAGUGGAUGCGAGGUGAACGAAGAUUUGUCGGAGUUGUCCUCGAACGCGGUGAAGUCCUUCCCCGUGACCUGGACUCUAGGGGGCGCAGUCGAUAUUGUGGUCUUGUACAGCUCAAUAGCGUUACUCCCAGUACCCAUUCAAUAUCCACAAAUUGA